AUGUCGGCCGACCUAAGCAGCUUACUGCUAUCUUUUCAGCCUGAGAGUCCCGAUGUUGAAAAGAGGCGGGAUUACGACCUCAAGGCCCGCAGCUUUGUCGCACAAUUGUCCAACGUCUCUGCACCACAUUGGGUAAAAGGCGCGGAUACACCACAAGAUGUGCUCGUAGCACUCAACCCCGCUGUCAACUCAAUGGCAUACGCCUUUGCCCUCCGCAACCGUAUCGCCGCUCUGCUGGAGAAGAAGAGCGUACCCGAGGCGCUACAGCCCGGAGGUGACUUGUGGAACCAGAUGGUGUUGUUUUUCGAAACUGCGGAUCCCAUACAGCUGCGCUACGUGGGGAAAGAGUGGAAGAAUCUGAUUGAGUACACAGAAGAGAUAGCACGUGGGUGUGGAUCACCGAGCCUUGCUAUUGCGCCAAUACGAUCAGCCAUGAUGCGACUUGACACAACCACGGGCACCUUCACCUCGGUCCACGUCAGCUUCAUACACCUGUGUCUAGAGACGCGAUCGUACGCGGCCGCUGAACCCAUCCUGGACAACUACAUUCACACACUUCCGCCAAAGAUUCCAAGCGCAGUUCGUGAGGGGUUAGAGUACUCUGUUCCGUGUGCAGAUGUAGCGAGUAGUGGAGAGUACAUCCACCAAAACUCUGGCCAUACGGACCGGGUUGGGUUGACGGAUAUACAAGAGUAUUAUGUUUUGGGAGCCAUGGCGUACCUAGGCCUGGGGCGAUUCAAAAAGGCACAACAGUUUCUUGAGCACGUGCUCGUAGUUCCCUCUGCCAACACAGCCAACGGUCUCAUGUUGGAGGCUUACAAAAAGUGGGUACUAGUGAGCUGUCUAGUACAAGGAAAGAUGGGGAGCAUUCCACGGACAGCGAAUGCUAGCGCGAUGAAGAACAUCAAGGCUGCAUCCAAGGCAUACGAGGCGCUUGCGGAUGCGUACGAAGAGCUGGACAACAUGUCCAAGUUGAAGGCUCAGGCACAAGCGGGUGGAGAGAUAUGGGCAGAGGAUGGCAAUGCGGGACUAGUCCAGGAGCUUAUCAGCAGCCAGACGAGGACGUAUGUUUCACGGCUGUCACGGACAUACUCUGCAAUUCCAGUGUCUAAUAUUGCGAGACAACUGGGAGCUACGGGGGAGGAGAUGUCGCAGUAUAUUGAGGGGCUGAUCAGGGAUGGGCAGCUGAACGGGCGGUUGGAGGAGAGUGACAAGUCGGAAGCUGGGGUGGUAUUACGCUUCUACCUGGACGCGAAACAGGGACCGUUGGCCAAGAGCGAGAAGGAGCAGCAACAGGCGCUAUUUGCGCAAACAGUGCGCACAAACAAGCUUGCGGAACAGGUCAAAGAUGCCGACUACCGGAUGACGCUAAGCAAGGAGUAUAUUGAGAACCAGAAGCGAGUGAACAAGAGACAGGGCAACAACGGGGACGCCAUGGACACUGCGUGGGAUGAUAGUUUGGAGGCGGAGGAGGACAUGAUGGGUGACCUGCACUGA